UCUCGUCAGAUACAAACACGUUGCCCAGACACACGCCGACUCUCUCGCGGCGGCAGCGGUGGUGGUCCCGAGGGUCCAGGUCACGCUCGUCUAGUCUCGGAUCAAUCGCAUGUUUGGCUGGUUCCGAUGGUUCUGCUGCGACACCUGUCCAUCGCCCUGACCGCCGCCGUGACUGCCUUCGGCACCGCGCUCUUCAUCGCCUUCAACUGUUUCUACCGGAGAAGAGUAUGGACUCCACACAGACGGUACCGACCCGUCCAGGAGGAGGAGGAGGAGCGAGGGACGCGGCAGGUUCUGGUCCUGGGUCUGGAUGGUGCGGGGAAGAGCAGCAUCCUCCAGGGUCUGGCACCUGGGGGUCAGACGGGCAAUAGGGGACGCUGUCGACCCACCCGAGGCUUCAACUUCAUGAGUCUGAGCAGCCCCGUGUGUCAGCUGGACUUCCUGGAGAUCGGUGGCGGAGAAGAUCUGCGGCGGUUCUGGUCCGACUACCUGAGAAAGACUCACAUUCUGGUCUACGUGGUCGACUCAGCCGACAGAAGUCGAUUCUCGCUGGCCAGGAGCGAACUCCAUCGCCUCCUGGAGGCGGAGUCACGACUGCCGGUGGUCAUCCUUGGCAGCAAACAGGACAAACCCGGCGCCGUCAGCGUGUCGGAGCUUCACCACAUCUUGUCUCUGGACUUGGUGACGGACGACAGGAAGUUGUUCCUCCUGUCCGCUGAGUUCAGCUCUGAUGGAACACUGAAGAACUCAGCCCCAUGUUUGCAGACCUUCCAGGAGCUUCUGUUGCAGCUAGUCUGACUGGGACUUGAGCACAGAGACCGACUGACCUCUGGAUAUUUUGGAGAGAAUCACCAGAAUACUCCAAAACCUCCUCAUUGUAGCUCCAUGUCUGUGAUGUGUGUGGUUUAUUUAUGUGUUUUUACUCUCUGAAGUGUGUUUGUCAGAAGUUUACACAAUGAAUUACGGUCCUGAUGGAUUCUUGGUGAUGACUGAUUCUUUGAUAUGAAACAUCCAACCAAAACAUGUGCCAGAUGAAUUUUUGUGGACUCAUGGCUGACUGGAGAUGUUUGGGACU